GAUUAGUAUGUUUUUUUGGGAUUUUUUUAGUGAUGUAACAGACAGUUAGGUUAAAUAAUAAUAUGGGGAUGGGUUACUUUGUGACAAAUGUGUAGGCCUACUCUUUAUGCCAUGGACUGGUGUUGUCACGUAUAACACGUCUCGGGUGAGGCAAUAGGAAGUAAGAGAAGGCAUUGCCAAUCGAGUUUAUCGGUCAUUGGAUGAAUCAUAUCAGAAUGAGAACGUGUGGCGAUUUCAGUGGAAGUAUCGGCAGUUUAAAACUUCAGCAAUUUCCUGACAUCCAUCUGUUGUUUGGAGUAGGCUACUGGAGACGGCAAGCAUUUAUGUCGAGGGAUUACAAUAUUAUAACACAUCAGCAGGACUAGUGUUGCUACGGUAUGGCUGGUGGGACAAGAACAGCGAAACUGUCACUUUGUCUGAUCGUUUUGGUAACGGGCUUUGACAGAGCCCUCUCAAGUUCUGCCGCUCAAAGAUGUUUUUGCCAAGUGACAGGAAGCUUGGAAGACUGUGCCUGUGACGUUGAAACAAUAGACUCUUUCAACAACAAGCAGUUAUUUCCAAAACUUCAAAAGCUCAUCGCAACAGAUUAUUUCAGAUUUUACAAGGUGAAUCUUAACAAGCCAUGUCCAUUUUGGACAGACAACAGCCACUGCGGCCUCAGAGACUGUGCGGUGAAACCAUGCACACCGAAUGAGGUGCCUGACGGCAUUAGGGCAAGCAGCAGUAAGCCUAUUCAGGAUCCGUUAGAAGCCAGUGAGGAUUCGGAGGAGUGUGAGAAAGCAGAGCAACUGGGGGCUGUCAACAGCUCUCUCAGUGAGGACAGACAGAAGGCCCUGCAAGACUGGAACAGAUAUGAUGACGAGGAGGACCGUUUCUGCAUGGUCGAUGAUGAGGAGUCUCCUGAUAUCGAGUAUGUGGACCUUCUGCUCAACCCAGAGCGCUUUACUGGGUACAAAGGCCCUGAAGCCUGGCAAAUCUGGAACAGCAUUUAUGAAGAAAACUGUUUCAAGCCAUACACUGUGAGCAGACCCCUAAACCCUCUGGUGACAUACAGUGGGGAAAAUGAAGGAAGGGGUUUCUACAAUUGGCUGGAGGGUCUGUGUGUGGAGAAGAGAGCUUUCUACCGCCUCGUCUCCGGCCUCCAUUCCAGCAUCAACAUACACCUGAGCGCCAGGUACCUUCUGGAGGACUCCUGGUCUGGACCUAAGUGGGGUCAUAACAUUUCAGAGUUCCAGCAGCGCUUUGACGAGAAGUUGACCAAAGGGGAGGGGCCCAAGCGACUCCGCAAUCUCUACUUCCUGUACCUGAUUGAGCUGCGCGCCCUGGCCAAAGUCCUUCCCUUCUUCCAGCUGCCCUCUGUACAGCUGUAUACGGGCCAACCGGAGCAGGACCAGCAGAACAAAGAGCUGCUGCUGGAGCUCCUCCAAGUGGCCAAGUCUUUCCCUCUACAUUUCGAUGAAACCUCAUUGUUUGCUGGAAACAAGAAAGAAGCGGCCAAGUUGAAAGAGGAUUUCAAACUGACAUUUAAAAACAUCUCUAGAAUAAUGGAUUGUGUGGGUUGUUUCAAGUGUAGGCUUUGGGGGAAACUGCAGACUCAAGGCCUUGGAACAGCGCUGAAGAUUCUGUUCUCGGAGCGACAGAUCGCAAGCCUGCCCAGGCCACAGGGCGAACUGCUUCCAUUCCAGCUCAGCAGGCAGGAGAUCGUGGCUCUCUUUAAUGCUUUCGGGAGAAUCUCAACCAGUGUAAGAGAGUUGGAGAAUUUCCGGUCACUGCUGUCGAAACUCCAUGACGAGAUGUGAUGAAAAGUCAUUGGUACUAGUUCACCUGCCCAACCAUUCUGCAUAGGGUGGCUGGAUCUGGUACAAAAGCUUAUGGAUUUAAGUCAUGUUUAUGUCUCUUGUAUACUUCUCUGGAAUGUAAGAAGGUGUGUUACUGCAAUACACAAGAUCUGUUUCUAAGCAGAUGCUCCCAUGAUAUGAGGUCCCUUCAAGCAUCAGUCAUUUUAUCUGUACAGAGUGCUUAGGCCAAAUUCAACUCAAAGCCACUCAAAAGACUGUAAAAAAACAACAACAAAAAACAACAUGCUCUGGUCAUUUCAACUGGCAUUGACAUAAACACACACUGAAUUGCACACAUACUGCAUACUUAUCUCAGGGUUACAGAGUGCACUUGUUGGAGGUAAUUUGUUUUGUUGUAGCUGCACUUCAUUUGAAUGCCUACCUAGAUUUCUUACUGUAAUGAAGAUUAAAUUAUUGGAGUUUAAAAUUAAUGCAGUUCCAGCAAACCUUGUAAUUAUGAAUAUUCUCUUAUGCAGUUUUUGUACUUGAAUUUGAAAUGUUACUAAUAUAGGGAUGAAAUUGUUUGCAUUAAAACAAUUUCACAAAAUAUUCCUCUGCUACAUUACUAAUUAACUGUUAUCUAACGUGUGUACAUGCGUGCAGGCUUGCGGUCUAAUUUACGUCAGAAGUCCCCUGUCUGAAUCGUAUUAAAUUCAGAGCUCCAGAUGUAAUUUCCCCUGCGAGUUGGAGACAGCAGGUGACAGACAUGUGCCAUAGCACAGACUCCAGGUUCAGAAAGUUCUCUGUCUCUUGCUGUGUGUGUGUUCACUAUACACACAGAGGCUUGCUAAGAGUUCUAAACCACAGUUAAUUCAAUAGAGCAUGAGAGUUCAGCCAAGAAACAAUAAACACGAUUAGGACGUCAGAAACCA